CCAGGCCCAAAUCGUGUAUGGCCCAUUCGCCCGAUCUAAAUCGCUUUGCCUGAUUUCACAGUUACAGAUUUGAUUAACCGUAAUCCUCCUGUUAAAAGGAGUGACGUCACUUGAGUCAUGGAGGUCCAUGAGACUGACAAGAAGGAUGUGCGUCGACCAAUGAACGCCUUCCUUAUAUUCUGCAAGAGACACCGAAGUAUGGUCCGAGAGAAGAACCCUGAUCUGGAUAAUCGUAGCGUAACAAGAAUUCUUGGAGAUUUGUGGGCUAACCUUGGUAAUGAGAAGAAAUCUGUGUAUACAACUUUAGCCAAACAGUAUAAAGAUGCGUUUAUGAAAGCGAACCCUGAUUACAAAUGGCACAACCCUGAUAAAAUCCACCAACCCCCUGUAAAGAUGGCGACGAGACCAACCAAUGCUCGUGUGAUAAAGAAUGAAGUUGAUGUAAACAUGGAUGGGAGUAUUGUACCGGGAAAACUAGCAGAUCCAUCUAAAAUGGGAGGGUUGAGUUUAUUAUUGAUGGCAGGGCAGCAGUCGUUACCCGUGAAAUCUGAUACUCCUAGAGACAGACGAGAAUCGGAAACAGAAACAACACCUACCGAUGAAAAUCCAUCCACUAGUAAAUCAGCUCUCUUAGAGUUAGCUGAGAUGUGCACCAAUGAAUUAACCUUUGACCCCGAACCAACUGACAUUAAAAAGAAGACACCAAAGAAAGUAGUUCAGAACUGUGAAUUAAAACCAAAGUCAACUAAAAGCGUUUGUAAAGAAGAUGCUGUGUCGACUGCUACAAGUUUGAAAUUAGAAUCCGAACCGAUGGACCUGUCAACAAAACCGACAAGGGAGACAAUACUAAAUAUCCCCGAACCUAAGAACAGGAAACAAGAAGAUCAGGGUUUUCAUAGAAAGGAGGUCAUUCCUACCAGCGUCAAUUUGACAGAAACAGCAAAAACUAAAGAUGUUAAAAUAGAGCGGAAGAGUGACGUUUUGCAUCAAACGUCUCCCGGGACAACAGAGGAGGUCAAGCAAGAACAUAACGCUCCAAAUACAUCCGAUCAAAACGAUAAUAAUAUCGUUCACUGUGGUAAAUUAGUUGUCGACCAUAUUUUUGACCGUUUGGUGUCCGCCCAGAUCCAAUGUCAACAAAAGACAGCAAAGAGUCCUGAAGUGAAAAAGAAAGCGCAAAUAGCAACCAUGCGAAGUGAAGACCGAGUGGAAUCAAAUAUUGAACGAGUUGUCACAGAGAUAUACAAUCAGACGGAAACUGAACCAAUGAAAACAUCCAUCUUAAAAAGACUGGAAGAGGAUCAGGCAAUGACAGAAAAGCUGGAACGAGAAUCGUCAGAAAAACAAAGCGUAGAUCAGAAAGACUCUGAUGAUAAUAAGGUGACAGAUCAUCACCAUGACGACCAUACUGAACAUGCUGACAGAGACAGUUCAGAAGGGGUAGGGACUAAACGCUCGAUACAAGAUUACGAAUCUCCCGAAAAUGAUGACAUGGUACCAGUGCGGAAAUCUCGUCGUCGUAACCGAGGGCAACGCUAUCAAGAACUGAUUAAUGAGGGGAUUAUUCAGCCAUCUAAAGAGAGAUUAGCGGCAAGACGUGCAGCUAAAACUACACCUGAUGAUGACAGUGAUGGCUAUGAAGAUAUUAUGACAGUAGAAGAUUUGGUUGAAAGAAAACCAAAUCGUAAACGUGUCAUAUCAGAAAGUGAAGAAGGCGAAGAUCUCAAGAAAUAUAAGACUGGAGAUUUUGAUCUUGAGGCUCAUAUAGCUGACCUUCCAGCAUGUUCGUUAGAUCAGCUGUCGAAGGGCGGGAAAAAGAAUCUAAAUCGUACUCGACAUCUGAGUGAAAGUAGCAUUAAAAAAUCCACCACAACCAUAACAGCUGUGAAGGAAGAGGGAACUUGUUGUCUACCACCUCACGUUCGACUUAAAACCGAUCAAGUUAAUGAAAUGGUUGUCGGCAGCAGACGCCGCAAAGUUCGGAAACACUCGAUAACACAUCUUAUACCAGCUAAAUCAGUUAAAAGUAUUCCUGACAUCACAACUAACCAAUCGGAAGAAAAUAUCAAAGUUGAAAGUUCAGAUGUCAUAAAUCAUGACCCGGGCACAGACAAUGCCCUAAACCAAUCAAAACCAAAUUUGAAUGAGAAUAGUCAAGAGUGUGGAAUGGAGACGGAUGAGGUUGAAACGGAAUCUAAUAAAAAUAUUGACGAUGAAACAAAUCUAGUGAGCGGACAUUCUGAUAUUGAGGGUGAAAAUGUUUUUUCUGAUUGCGAUGUUGUCACUACUUCUAUGAAGAAAGAUGGCGUUUCGUCCGAAUCCAUUUUGAAAAGUGGCGAAAUUAAGUCAGUUGAUGAUAAACCGAUGUCCAGAACUGUUUCUAAACGGGACAAUUCUCCUGGACAAAAGAUAUCGCGGAGUUUAAGUGCACCUUGUCAUACUGUUAGAUCAUGUGACUCAAUAGACAGUGAAAGUGAUCGAGCAAUUCAACAAGUUGAAGUUCCGGCCAACCCGUCGUUGUAUAAGGAUUCAUUGUUGCGUAAAAUUCACUCCGGUCUUCCGUCUACUCAGACAACUAAAGACCCCAGUGAAAAACGACUGGACGAUAAAAAUAAAGGAGAAAAAACAGACUCAAAUCUUGAUAUACCAGAAUGCCACAGUCAAGGUUGUGAUAUUCAAAAGUCAUCAGAGUUACUUCCCUUUUCAAAUCCUUCUGUUGAUCAGAUAAAUGUGAGUGCUUCUGCCGUGCGUAUGGACAUUUUGGCUGCAGAAGUCAAAUCUGAAGAAAGCAAUCCCAACAUGCAAUGUCAAGGUUCACCAUCUGUAGCAGUUGUUCAUUCAUAAUACAUGUUUUUAAAUCGGACAUUUUUGUGAGUCUGAUUGGUAGCCAUGCUAAAUGACUUUAUGUUGUUGUAUUUUUAAUCAUUGUUUGAUUUAUGUGGACAGCUUCGUCGCGCAAGUUACAUCUUCACAAUUUCAAAUUAGUAUAACAUGCAUUUUAUCAGCUGACUGGAUUUAGGGUAGUGGUUCCCAACCUGUUUCUUCUCAACAGGAUUUAGGGCAGUGGUCAGCUACCUGUUUCUACUCAACAUGAUUUAGGGCACUGGUUCCCAACCCGUUUCUUUUCAACAUGUUUUAGGGCAGUGGUUCCCAACCUUUAUCUUUUCAACAUGAUUUAGGGGCGUGGUUAGCUACCUGUUUCUACCCAACCUGUUUGCCCGCAAUAGGAUUUAGGGCAGUGGUUAGAAAGUUGUUUCCACUCAACAUUUUACAAAGUACCAAUUGUUUUUAAAAUUUCAGGGUUUUACUUCAUUCUAACACUCGAUAUACGAGAAAACUGUGAAAGGGGGAAUAACUACAUAGCUCACGUAGUACAUGACGUAACGGACAUAUACGAUUGAUAUCGAUAAAAACAAGUAAAUAGGGCCUGGUAUUGUCAGUGACAAGUGUUGUAUUUAAAGGCUUGUCACUACUGCCAUUAUCCUUACCUCCUCCCUAAUCUGCCCCUGACUACAUUAGCUGACUGAUUAUACCUAGACGACAUUAGCUGACUUUGUAUGUUGUAAUAUUAUGACAUUGUGAAGAUGUGUAUAUUAUAAAUUAUUUCAAUCGUGGAAUCUGUCUCCAACAGUAUGUAUGGUAACUGAUAGGCUAAUCUUUAUGAAAACGUAUCUGGUGACGCAAAUAUUAAAUUAUUACUAAAGGCGUUUUCAAUUUUUGUUCAAAGAUAAUGAAAAUGUAAGGUUAUUACCCUUUAGAGGAUUACCAUGUUUCUGGCGAUCUGAGAUUACCUUUAAACAUGGCUGCUCAAAUUACUACCUUUCCCGAUAAACUUCUCAGACUCCAUCAAGGCUUGUGUUGGUUUAUUUAUAGAAACAGGCAGUAGCCAAAGAACCGUUUCUAAUAAUUGAAAAAUUAUUCCAAACUGUUUUAUUUUGAGAGUGAAAAAUUGAUCCAGGCUACAACUUACACCUGAUAAAUUUUAUAAUUACCAUAUUCAACGUAACAACAGCUUAGACACAUUAAAACUGUCUAAACCGGUGGCAUUUAUUAUGUUCUGCGCGGACUAAUUUUGACAGAUUUUGAUGCUGAUUGGCUGGACUUGAUGUACUGUGCAGGCUUAUUUUGAAAGCACACAGACUAAAAAGGGAGAUACAAGAAAUAUUUGACAAUUAUUAUUUUUCUUGAAGCUGUUUUGUUAUUGUGGCAAAUGAAUUAAGACCACAUUAAAUCAUUAUUUUUAUUUCCUUUACCAUUUCACAAAUUGUUGUUAUUAUAAUGUAAUCAUAUUUUCAUUAUAUCAACCAGAGACAUCAUUAUAAAUUACCCAUUCACUUAAUGAUAUUUUUAAAAUGAAUUUUAUAUUUUAUCUAGUCAAGCGACUAAUCAUAGAUUGCUUGUCUACCUCUCCUUUGUCACUUAUUGGUUGCCUGGCAACAGCAAUACAUUCAAUUUGCCUAGUAGCAAACAUAUGUUGCCUGGCAACAGUGUGGUUACUAUGUGUAACUAUGUUGGUACAUGUAUAUGUUGGUUUCCUGGUAAAACUAUAUACAUUGCUUGGUAACGGCAUGGUAACUGUGUGCUACCUGGUAAUAAAGGCUACACUGGUAGUAACUAUGCAGGAUCUAGAGAUGUUGUCCAGUUACUAGGACUUGACUAAUAAUUGCACAACUGUUACCAAGCAACUCUGUUUACAUAGGUUGCUUGGUAACACAAUUUUAUCUAUAUUGCUGUCUGUAAGAACAAAAUAAUUGUAUAAAAUAUAUAUUGUUUAGUUUAUAGGUUAUAUUUGAUAAAUCCUGAUGGUACGCUGUUAAAACAAGAGUACUGAAUAUGCAACAUUAUUAUUAACAAUUCUAGAAACUGGAUAGUCUAGUCUUCCUACCAGAUCGUCAGCUUCAAAUACAACAAAUAUUCUUCUGCACAAAAUUAGCGUCAAUUCUCAAUACUGUCUGUAUCUAUUAAUUUCUGCAAAAGUUUAUUGCAUCUACCUAUUUUUCAUGGCAGACGGAACGUCAUUGAGGAUAUAGACGUAGAAUCACGCUUAUUUGUCAAGACCAAUAUUUUGUUGUACACUUAGUUGAAGUAGAGAUAAUUUGUGACUGGACCGAUAAAGACAUCUAGGGCAAAUAUUUACCAUUCUUGUCAGUAAUAUAAUUACGUUUUUAUCUGAUUUAUAAGGCAGACGGUCCAAAUGUAUCAAAGAUUUAUCUUCAUUAACUGACCAUGCUAAAGGAAAGUGUCGUCCCUUCAAACUAUACUAAUGUCCAAAAGAAAGUAUACACACUAAAAAUAUGACCAAGUUUUGUUUAAAUCAACAAAAUGUGAUAAAACUACACUGAACAUGUCUCGUGUGUCCAAACUCAAUAUUUCUAAGCAAAUAAAAGGCAAAACAAAUGGACAUUGUACCCAAAUACCGCAUACAAUGGAAAAACGACUUUGUUUGAAGCAGGACGAAAUGCUCAGUGUUUACUUUCUUUUGGACAUUAGUAUAUUUUAAGUGAAAGUCCUUUUAUUAAUUGUUGUGCCGUAAUUAGUUUGAACCCUACAAACUUUUAGUGAUUGUAUUAUCAAUAUUUAUAUGAACCUUCAUCUUCACAAUAACAAGGUACAACCAUCAAUAUCAGAUACCCUGACUACAUUGCCAACUCUCUUGUAUUGUUUCAUCUAUGACAUGCGAAGCAGUUGUUGAAAAGCGAUCUGGGUAGCCAGGGCCAUUGACCUAAAUGUUAUUUUACCUUUUGGAGAUAAAACUCAACAAGGGUUUCCUACCUAAUGUCAGUGUCGCACCUUGGAGUAAAUUUCACCUCUCCCGUGGGAAAAUUUACUGAUUCUGGAUUUGAACUUAUUUUAUGGUAUGGCCGGUGAUAACUUUUUACGUAAAUAAGUGACAUAUUUUUGUUUUCUGCUUUUAUUAUUAUUUGAACCUAAAAUAAUGUUGAAAACAGUAAUUUAAAAAUGUUCCCUUCGGUCGGUGUAAACUCAAAUUUAUUUUUAAAAAAUUGCCCCUGCUAAUGGGAACCCCCCACAUAAAACAUUAUAAGAGAAAAUGACACGAUGAACAAAUAAGUGGUGUUAUUAUUUUGGUCUAUUUUUAAUUCUUGAAGGUAACCAUUGGCUGUGUUCACUUUGUUAUAGAAGUGGAGUGUAGAGUAUUACCUGGUGUCAAAUUAAGCUUUAUGUACAAUUAUUAUCACGAUAAGUUAUUACAGUGGUAUUUCAACUUGUAUGAUAAGGCAAUAAUAUAGACUAGGAAUGGUUAGUUCGAAGCAUUUCUCAGUAAUAAACCGUAAUUGUAUUCCAUAGUUUUAUACAUUGUGGUCAAAGAGUCUCCUCAAUUAAGUGACAUUCUUAGCUAAUGUUAGCUAAUGUAGUCAUAGUAUUGGACAUAUAUUAUAAGACCUUGACACUGUAAGCUAAUUUUGGUGUAGUAACGGACAUAUAUCAUAAUACUUUGACAUUAUUAGCUAAUGUAGUCAUGGUAUCAGACGUAUAUCACUAGACAUUCACAUUGUUAGCUAAUGUAGUCAUGGUAUCUGACAUAGAUAAGAUCGUGACAUUGUAAGCUAAUGUAGUCGUGGUAUCUGACGUAGAUAAUAAGAUCUUGAAAUGAUUUAGUCAUGAUAUCUGAUGUAUAAGACCUUCACAUUGUUAGCUAAAGUAGUCAUUUUAUCGUACAUAUAUUAUAACACGUUGUUAAAUGUGUAUAUUUAUGCUUCUAGUAUUUUACAUCCAAUAAAAUCUAUGCACCCCAGCCAUUGUUGCAAAAUAAAUAAAAUGUUUUUUUGUUAUUGUUAAUAUUAAAAAUAUUACAAAUAUUAUAUAUGUAUGUACAAAUAUUAUAUUAUUAUGAUGAAAUAAUACUUAUGAAUAUGUAUAAGUUACAUAUAUGGUGAUAGUCUAUUGUUUUGUAUAUAUAUACAUGUAUAUAUAUAUAUAUUUCUCUGAACCUUGUUUUUGAUUUUAAAACCUAUUGAGUGAGUGUACAUUUAGCUGCUUGCACUAAAAUAUAAUUUAUUUGCACAGUUUGUCAUUUUCUAAGGCCACAUUGAAAAAAUAUACUUGAGUUUCUGUUUACUUGGACACAAAAAAUAGGGUCAGUCACCCAGGAAAUCAUUUUCCCUUUUUUUUCUUCGUGGGUUUUGUGAGUUAAGAUUCGAUAGGUGAACAAUUAAUAAACUAUAUCAAUACUUGCAGUGUGUUGCCUCAGUGAUGUCAUUAUAAAUACCUGAUAUUUCUAGCUUAAUUAUUGAUUAAGGUUCUAUAAACUAAUGCUGAUUUGGAUUGUUAUAAUGCCGAAAUUAAAGCAUUUGCAAAGAAACAAUUUAUUCACCUGGGAAAUGAGGAAAAGUUUAGGGUCGGGCUAAAAAAAAAAAAAAGAAAGUCGGUCAGGUAAAAGUAAACGUAAUUGCUUUUUUUUGGGGGGGGCCUAAUACCUGUACUGUGUUUAAUAUCAGUCAAGUUGCUGUCAGCAUGCUUAUAGACCAAUCUAUAAUAUAUUCCUCGGUCAGGACCGGCAUAUACAACCCACAUAGAACCCAUGCAUUAGGCCUAUAUAUGUAUCUUGUAAUGUUCAGUCUGCAAACAUUUUGGUCAACUUAAAAUACAAAAAUAAAUCGAGGUCCAAUUUGUUCAAUGAAAAUGCGAAGUUAAAUUAGGGCUAACCGUCUUUUCAGAGUAAACAAAUUCUUGCUAUUAGAAUGUUGAAAUAAAUGUCUGUGUUUCGGGACUAGAGAGGGUCGAGCGACUUUAUUAACCUGUUUAGUGCCGAAAAUUCAUUUGUUCUUGAAAGUAAUACACCUAGGCUACACGUAAUAAUGAAUCUUAAAGCGGAAAUUGCAAAUUUUUAAGUUAUAUUUUUAAAAUUUAUUAAAAUAAAGCCUGAAAAUAGAUGGUAUCCAUAAACAGUCCUACCUUGUUAAAGAAUAAUCCUAUUAAUCCUAUAAUUCACUAUUGCCAGCUGAGAAAUUGGCAAAAAUAUCAUUUUCCUCUUCAUUUUCAAACGUUUGAAAAAAGCUACUCCAUGGUGUGGAAUAGGAAAACAAAGGAGGUAAUUGUGUUAUUUCCUGUGUAAAUGAGUUUUAAGUGUGAGAAUGACACCUAUGAUCGUAUAAUUGUGAGUUGACAACCUAUUGAGCAAAAGACAUAGAAAUAAUUAUGUUUUGACUUUCUUAGAAAAUUUGCAAUUUCCGCUUUAACUUUUAUGGCAGCAGGCACCUAUAUAAAGCAAUUUUAAUUAUUUCCAUGCAUUUUGCAAUAAGUAGCAUAAUUUGUUAAGUGAUAGUUAUUGCAGUGCUAUGAGAAAAUAAGUGUAGGCUACCAUCUAAAUAACGGUAGGCCUAAUAUAAGAUAAAUGUGAAUGCAAUAAACCAGACGUACACUGAGGCUAAAAAUAAUUAAAUUCUCUAAUAGAAGAGAGACUAAACUCAAAUAAUUUUCAACUCCAUGCUUUUAUAAAUAAGAAUAUGAUUAUGUACUAUCAACUAUCUAUUUUAGGCUUCUAGGCUACAUUUUUGCACCACAGCUGUUUUGUCGUUUUAUUUUAUAAUAAUGUUAUAUUUAAUCGACGAUAAUAAAAUUGAUAG